AUGAGUCCCGAUGUACCCUUGGCGAAGAACCCUUGGCCUGCCGUGGCCACCGCCCUAACGAAACGACCCUUCGUCCUUGCGGCCCUUCACCCCGCGAUUGCCGACUGCCGUUUCCAAAGGGCUAGACUGCGGAGGAGCGCGUCGAGGAAAACUUGUAUAGUCGUAAUAUAUAACAGACUACUCGUUUCGUCUCCGGCGACUGGAGCGCCAUCUACCUUUCUCCGCCUCUAA